AUGUCAUCAUUCAAGGUCGCUCUUCUCGGUGCUUGCGGUGGUAUCGGACAGCCUCUCGCUCUUCUCUUGAAGCUCAACCAGAAAAUCUCUGAGUUGGCUCUUUACGAUAUCAAGCAGGCUCGUACUCCUUGCGCCGGUGUUGCUGAGGAUUUGAGUCACAUCAACACCCCCGCUGAGGUUAAGGGUACGCCG